GUAGACGAAAAGAAAUACUCUAAUUUGUUUUAAAUUUACUUAUAGUUUAUGUGGUUUUUUAACUAGAAAAGUACCAGGUGCAAUGAGUAAUAAAAACUGCUGUCUAACCUGCCUUAGUACCAGCAAAGAAACACGGAAUAUUCACACAGCAAUAUCCAUAUCAGGAGAUGAUAUUCGUCUCUCUGAUAUUUUGCUUAAUUUCUACAAUUUUAAGAUCCCAGAUGACGGCGAACCAUACCCAGAAAAUAUUUGUAUCUCGUGCGUUCACCAACUGACUAUAACAUAUUCCUUCAAAAUUCUCAUAGAUUCUUCAUUUAAAACCCUAUCAGAAAACCUAUGCCAAGCAGAAUCUGAUAAUGAUUACAACGAGUAUUCCUAUGAAUCAGAAGAUGAACCGAUUAAGCUUCCGCCAAAAAGCAGUUUUACGGCUAAGAAAGUACACCAACGGAAGUCAGUCAAAAUGGAAUUGGUUAAAGAGGAGCCAAAACCCUUAUUCUGUGUGGAAUGUAAGAGCCAGUACUUCUCAGUACAAGCUCUGAACGAGCACUGCAUGAACAACCAUCCUGUCAGAUCCACCGUGGGCAGAGAUUGUGAGUAUUGCAGUGAGAAAUUCGAUGACUUCAGAUCCCUGGCCCGUCACAGGAAGCUGCACCUCAAGCCAUAUCUUUGUGAGAAUUGCUGGGAAGGUUUCUUCACAACCGAUGACCUGUCUACACACUCAUGCUUGAGGAAGGAUAAGAGCAGUGAGCUAGAAAAGCCAGACAGAGCUUUAAGGCAAUGUGACCAGUGUGGGAAGUCAUACCCUCCGGGGUACAUCAAGAACCACAUGCUGACGCACAGUGACGACCGCCCGUUCCACUGCAAACUAUGUCCAAAGAAAUUUAAAGUAAGUGGCGGCCUUCACUCUCACAUACUAUGGAACCACAAGAGAACUCGCAACCACAAAUGUGAGAUAUGCAAUGCUACAUUCAUCUCGUCUAGCUCUAGAAGCUCACAUAUACGAAAAAACCAUUUGAAGGAAAAAAAAUAUGCAUGUAAGUGUAGUAAACGAUUCUUUUCUAAGUCGGAGCUUGAGAGGCAUAUGCUGACACAUACAGGAGUGAAGAAUUUCCAUUGCCAUCUGUGUGACAAAUCAUAUCAGACUCGAUAUGGCUUGAAUGUACAUUUGAAGUCACAUUCACAAAUGAGUUCUCAAAUGAAUUUAAAUGUACUGAGUUUGUAAAGCUUUUUAACUCAGGAUCUUAUAAUUUAAUGGGUGCCACAAAUGAGUUGAUAAAUAUGAUACUUAUUUCAGUUACUUUAUUAUUGCUCUGGAAAUGUGUAAGUAAAGUAGGUUUGAAAUAUUUCUU